GCUGAGGUACGGCGGGCGCUGAUUGGCUGGUAACCGCCCGGGCUGGGGUACGCGGGGCCCGCUGAGGGGCGGGGCCAGCGCCAUGCCGAAGCGCGGGAAGAAGAAGGAGGAGGAGGAGGAGGAGAGCGGCGGGGACGGGACGGGUGAGUCGCCAGUAUAUAAUUCGGGGUUCCCCAGUAUAACUUUGGGUUCCCCUGUCCAAUUUGGGCGCCGGCAGUGGGUGCAGGAGGAGGCGCCGGACGUGCUGUGCCUGCAGGAGACCAAGUGCGCGGCGGCGGCGGUGCCGGCCGAGGUGCGGGCGCUGCCGGGGCUGCCGCACCAGUUCUGGUGCAGCGCCAAGGAGCGGCCGGGCUACAGCGGCGUGGGGCUGCUGGCCCGCAGCGAGCCGCUGGACGUCACCUACGGCAUCGGCGACCCGGAGCACGACGCCGACGGCCGGGUGGUGACGGCCGAGUUCCCGUCGCUCUUCGUGGUGUGCGCCUACGUGCCCAACGCCGGGCGCGGGCUGGUGCGGCUGGAGCCGCGCCUGCGCUUCGACGCCGCCUUCCUGGCCUUCCUGCGCCGCCUGGACGCGCGCAAGCCGGUGCUGCUCUGCGGCGACCUCAACGUGGCGCACGCCGAGAUCGACCUGUGCCACCCGCGCGCCAACCGCUCCAGCGCCGGCUUCACGCCGCAGGAGCGCGACGGCUUCUCGCGCCUGCUGGCCGCCGGCUUCGUCGACUCCUUCCGCCACCUCUACCCCGAGGCGCGCGGCGCCUUCACCUUCUGGACCUACCUGGGCGGCGCGCGGGCGCGCAACGUGGGCUGGCGGCUGGACUACGCCGUGCUGUCACGGCGGCUGCUGGGCGCGCUCUGCGACUCCAAGAUCCGCAACACCGUGACGGGCAGCGACCACUGCCCCAUCACCGCGCUGCUGGCCGUCUAGGGCCGCGACCGGCGCGGGAUUCCCACGAGAACCGCCCGAGGCAAGCUUUGGUGGCGCUGUGUGUUCUUGCUAGGAGGUGUCUUGGCUGGAUUUGGCCCAAAAUCAGAUUAAAUUGGCUCAAAAUUGCUCAAA